AAUUUCCAGGCCCGCCGCGUCCAGCCCGAAAUAUGAGAAAAAAAUUAUUAGAAAUUCCGCGGGCGGUGUAAAGGCGGCGGACGGGCCGGAGGGAGGAUGUUAAAGCCCCGCGGUUGCCUCUCGGUGCUGCCUUGGUGGGAUUGGGCACCCAGAAUGCUUCAUUCUAUGAUGAUCUAUUAAUAAGGUGACCUUGCUAGAGUUUGGAACAGGGCCUCAGAUUGGCCAAAAUGGGAAGGGCUGAAUUCUGCUCUCUUCCACGAAGAGUUAAUGGGACUGGCUAAGAUCAAAGUCUGAGGCUUUUUCCAUCCUUAAUCAGUCCCUUUUUGCUUUCUUUUACGACCACAUGAAACUUGAGAAGCCACCUAAAGCUAUAUCACUUAGUGGAGUUGGGCAGUUCCCAGGUGUCCAACAAGAAGGCCUGGUUUAGGCUGCGAUGGCCACUGUCAUUCCUGGUGAUUUGUCAGAAGUAAGAGAUACCCAGAAAGCCCCUUCAGGGAAACGUAAGCGUGGUGAAACCAAACCAAGAAAAAACUUCCCUUGCCAACUGUGUGACAAGGCCUUUAACAGUGUUGAGAAAUUAAAGGUUCACUCCUACUCUCACACAGGAGAGAGGCCCUACAAGUGCACACAACAAGACUGCACCAAGGCCUUUGUUUCUAAGUACAAAUUACAAAGGCACAUGGCUACUCACUCUCCUGAGAAAACCCACAAGUGUAAUUAUUGUGAGAAAAUGUUUCACCGCAAAGACCACCUGAAGAAUCACCUCCACACCCACGACCCCAACAAAGAGACCUUCAAAUGCGAGGAGUGCGGCAAGAGCUACAACACCAAGCUCGGCUUCAAGCGGCACUUGGCCCUGCACGCUGCCACCAGCGGCGACCUCACCUGCAAGGUGUGUUUGCAGACUUUUGAAAGCACGGGCGUCCUCCUGGAGCACCUGAAGUCGCACGCGGGCAAGUCCUCCGGGGGCACGAAGGAGAAGAAGCACCAGUGCGAGCACUGCGAGCGCAGGUUCUACACCCGGAAGGACGUCCGGAGACACAUGGUGGUGCACACCGGGAGAAAGGACUUCCUCUGCCAGUACUGUGCACAGAGAUUCGGGCGGAAGGAUCACCUCACCCGGCAUAUGAAGAAGAGUCACAACCAAGAGCUUCUGAAGGUCAAGACGGAACCGGUGGAUUUCCUGGACCCUUUCACCUGUAACAUGUCCGUGCCUAUAAAAGACGAGCUCCUGCCGGUGAUGUCCUUACCUUCCAGUGAACUCUUGUCCAAGCCAUUCACAAACACUUUGCAGUUAAACCUCUAUAACACUCCAUUUCAGUCCAUGCAGAGCUCCGGAUCUGCUCACCAAAUGAUCACAACCUUACCUUUGGGAAUGACGUGCCCCAUAGAUAUGGAUGCUGUUCACCCCUCCCACCAUCUUGCUUUCAAAUGCCCGUUCAGUUCUACCUCAUACGCAAUCUCUAUUCCUGAAAAAGAACAGCCAUUAAAGGGGGAAAUCGAGAGUUACCUGAUGGAGUUACAAAGUGGUGCGCCCUCUUCCUCCCAGGAUUCUCAAGCGUCGUCGUCUAAGUUAGGGUUAGAUCCUCAGAGCGGGUCCCUCGAUGAUGGUGCGGGGGACCUCUCGCUGGCAAAGAGCUCUAUUUCCAUCAGCGACCCCCUCAACACACCAGCAUUGGAUUUUUCUCAGCUGUUCAAUUUUAUACCAUUAAAUGGCCCUCCUUACAAUCCUCUGUCCGUGGGGAGCCUCGGGAUGAGCUACUCCCAAGACGAAGCGCAUUCUUCUGUUUCUCAGCUGCCUGCCCAAACACAGGAUCUCCAGGAUCCUGCAAGUGCCGUGGGUCUCGGUUCUCUGCACUCGCUCUCAGCGGCAUUCACCAGCAGCCUGAGCUCGAGCACCACCCUGCCCCGUUUCCACCAGGCCUUCCAGUAGAGCCUGGCGGCAGGUUCGAGAGGGAGGCGCGCGUGUAGCCCCGCCCUCGCUGGCCGUUUUUAUCUUAGUGCCUACUUUAAGACAAUACAAAAACUUCUGCUUUUGUAUAAUAUCAAGUUUCACGAAGCCAGUAAAUAAUAGGAACUAGCCUCUUCGGUAAGCUUUGAAACCGCUCAUGUUUAAUACGUUUGCCGUUUCUCCCGAUUUACUGCCAGUUGUCAUAGUCUCAGAGUUUUAUGUCAUAUAGGAGCGCCAUUAUUAUCACUAAAUUCUUCAGUUCCUGUGUUCAAAUUACUAUUAGACUUUAAAAUUUUCAUUUUUGUCUAAUAGCAUUGGGCAUCGGACAUUUGGCUCAUUUUUUUUUCUUUUGCAAAUAUGCAGUACAAUGUAAAUCUUAUGUAACGUGUGUGAAUAGCUGAGGUGUUUUACAUGUUUUGCUAGCCACUAAAUAGAUUCAUGAUCAACUGUUUUAAAGGAAUCGAGAAUCCAGCUUGGGGAGAUUAUAGUGGUUUCUUAAAUAUGCCAUCAUUUCAGAUCAAUAUAUUUUGAAGACUGUUGUCUGACAAAAUGAGAGAAGAGAGUUUCAGUAUCUAAAAGGAACCUUGAGAGGUCACAGGGUGUUCUGUGUUGGCACUGUUUUGCCACAUCUCAACCAUCUUUUCUUUAUGUUAACAGUGUGUGGCAUCAGUCUUCAGGAGCAGGGUAGAGAUGUCCUGUUUCAUGUCCUUCGCCUUUCGUACCCAGGAUGGCCUCAGUGUACCAGCAUUCUUAAUGUUGCAUGUUGUCCGUAGUCAGUCCUGAGUCUUGGGGCCAUUGUGGGGCGGUAGUCAGUGAAACCCAGAGUAGACUCGUCGGCAGGACGAUGGAUGUCAAACAUACAGCCAAACCUCAGAACUUGUCUAGAGAAUCCCCACCGUUGCCAGAGCUGAAAACUGGACUCUUUCGGGGCAGAGUAAAAGCCUACCUAUCGCGUCACUUCUAAAACAGCAAUGUCCGUCCUCCUCGCCCACCGUGGUUGGACGGAGAACUUAAACACAUUAAAAAGCUACCUGAGGAGUCUCCACAACGUCUUACACAACCUACACAGUAAAACCCCACUUUUGACACAUCUUAGAGAGUGGGAGGAGUGUUACACAAUAAGCCGAGUUUGUAGAGGAAACAAGGAAAAUAAAGCACACACCGAGUGAGUGUCGAAGCACCGAGGGUAUGGUGCUCACAGACGCGGUAGUGACGGCUUUCUCACGCCAGCCAGGGCUUGAUCAGCGGUGCCGUGGAGAUUUUCCUAAGGGUUGCUCGUGGCAUCAGCCUACAAACUGUAUCUAUUAAGCACUUGUUAACUCCUUAUUUUGAGACCCCUUUUGUUGGGGCAGGGGUAGGGGAAAAUUUACAGAAGAGUAUGUAUCUCUUAAAAAAAAAAAGAAAAGAAAAAAAAAUAUUUUUGAAUUUCUGAGCACUCAAUUAGCCCUGUAUGGGGAAACCCGUUCCCUUUCAUAGGGCCAACUAUCACUGCAGAUUGCAUUGUUUACCAAUAAUUCUAAACAUGAGUAUAGAUUGCUGAAUAUAAUGCAUUAUUUAAAAUACUUGGGAGUAGUAUAAAUUGAGGAGAAGUGUAAGAUGUCAUAUGGAUGGGGCUUUCGCUGUAUGUUACACACACAUUUAGCGCACUUCAUAGAAUCAGAGUCACUCUCUGGAGGGCUCUCGCUCCCGGUUUUCACCCUGGAGCAAUAGUUUUUAUACUUAUGUAUUUAAAUUUUAUUAUGAAAAUUUACAUUUUAUUAAAAAAAGUGUUCCAAAGGCAUUAAAAUUAUAUAUGUUAAUAAGGAAAUGCAUUUUUAGCUCUUCAAGCUGCUCCUGAGCUGUGGUCGGGAGCGCGCUCACUCUUCACGUGGGCUCUUUGCUCUGCUUCAAGGCGGCUUCCUUAGUUUCUGUGAAACAGAUCGCUUACCUAAAGCUCUAGUUGAAUGAUUAGUGUUCAAUAUUGCUUUACUCACCAUGGAAAAAGGAAAAGAAAGUUGGUGACAGAGCACAAGUAAAUAGAAAACCUAUUUUUAUGUAGAGGUUGGUCCCAGACACCACAUACGAAAGCACUAGCCUAUUCUAUCUAAAGUUUGCAUAAGAAAAAGUCACACUAAUGACCUGAGACGUCGGCCUCUGUGGGCUGUAUUUCACUGCUAAUUGAAAAAAGGGAGUACCAGGAUAUAUGAAAUAAAGCAUUUUGAAAUGGGAAUGGCGCCAUAUCUGUAUAUAUAUAAAUAUAUUUUUAUCCUAAUUCUUGCCCUGCACAGAACUCUAAUACACAUCUUCCAGGGUACCAGUGUUAAAACGUAGAGUCUUCAUUUUCUUCGUAUGUACACCUCUCUGCCUAUUGCUGCCCCCACAGACUUGAAGAACACUUCAAAGUAAGAGGGAAUCCAGCAAGUUGGGUUGGAUUUUUUUGUUUGUUUGUUUUGUUUUGUUUUUUUUAAUUGACUGCAGUGGUCACUAAACCCUUUCUUGAUAGAUUUUUCUAUUAAAGAUCAGGCAGCUUGUAAUGUAAUUGCACAAUGUUUUAACAAGGAUGUAACACAGAAUUGGCUCCCCGCCCCCCAGAAAAUGUUGUCACUUGUUUUGUUUUUAUUUGAAGUAGGAGUGAUUAGGGAUAGUUCUUGCCAAUGCUGUUUUUCAUUCAUCAGUGGCCAGACUCAUCGUCCUUGGAAUUUCUGAUAGUGCCUUAGAUUGGCUGAAAGAAAAGGGAUUAACCUUAACGAAAAUAGUUUAGUGUAGAGUUUGGAGCUCAGACAAGAUACCGAGCCUCAUUCAGUUUGACCCCCAUGUGUGCGUGCAGACUGUAUCAGCAGCUGCAGGAGCACGGCGGUGGAAGAACCGAGGCGCCGUAGGCAAUAUACUCCAUUGAUAUUUACUAAUACCACCUGGUAGUUAUUGGUCACUGUUAAGCUUUCAUUUAAAAUCCUAUUCUGUAGUUCAGUUUUCUAGGACUUAAGUUGUCUUGGUGGGUUAUGCACCAUUCUAUAUGCGACUUUUUUUUAUUAUUAUUAUUUCAGUCAGCGUUUCUUUUGAGCUGUGUGUUUUUGCGUCUUUGUUGCUUGUGCUUUUUUUUUUUUUUUUAGCCAUUUGUGGAAUAUAGUGAUAUAUUGUGUUAAUUUGGACAGUGACGGUUUUUUAAAACCAUAUACUGACUGAAACAUGAGCCAGAGCUGAUUGCUUUAUUAAGCUAAUAAUGAAUGUUAUAGAGUACAUAUUUCAGGAUCAUUCAUCUAGUGAGCAGUACACAUAUAGGCCAAUUAAAAAAAUAGAGCUUGGUCAACCUCUAUACUUCACAUUACUACAAGAUAUAGCACUUUCAAAAUGAACCUAAACUUUUACGGUAACUUUCUAUAGGUUAUGCCUUUUAUUUUAAGACUUAUUAUAUUCGUUUCAAGUGCCAUUAGAUGAUAUAUAUGUAGGCCUUUGAUAUAUAAUGCUUUGUGUACAAAAAAAUGGUAGAUGGUAUUUUAAACAGGUACAUUUUUACAGUGUUUUCUUAUCGAUUUGCUAUAUUGCACAGAAUCAGUGUGUGUCUUUUCAUAUGGUUUUACAAUGGUUUAUUUUUUUACAAAGUUUACGUAUCUCAAAGCACACUGUCUUCCCAGUCCGUAAGUAAGUUAAAAAAAAAGAUACCAGUUCACCCAAGUUGCUUCUAGCCUACUGAGAUCCAUGUGACAUUGGAGGAGAUCUUCUCAGUGUUGAGUAUUCAUCCUUAGUGAAGGCAGACUGGUUUUUCUGACUGAUGAGUCCCUCGGUGAGUCUGUUUUGUUUUAUACACGCUGUCAGCAGCCAGGUCUACAACACAAUGUAUCUUGGUCACGUGGGUCUGCAUGAAUACCUGAAUCAUAUUGUAGCCACAGAGUGCUCCUCGGAGAUUAUAUGCAAGAUAACGCUACCAGCCUUAGUAACAGCACACAGAUCACCAGUAAGCCUUUCUCCAAUGUUAGCAGCCCCUGGGGAUGGAAGGCAGUGUUUUUUGAUAGCUUAUCUAGCUCUAUAGAUGACACAGACUUCUCUGUAUAAGCUUCAGUGGUACAGACGAACCAGAAUGAAUGUCUGUCUUCUCAGAAACCCUCCUUCAACAUUAUACGGGAUCAUGCUGCUACUGUCACUUGGGACACAACUCUCACGGUGCUACAAACUUCUGUCUCGUUCAGUUGUAUUUUUUUUAUCCAUAGGAAAAGGACUACAUAGGUGUAAAGGUGUACAAUAUAUUUUUAUACUGUGACUUAAUUUGUCAUUAACAAACUUUUACACCACCACAGUGUAUUCAUGUGCGCUUGCAAAAGGAGAUCGUGGAUGUGCAAAUGUUACCAGAACAAACCCAGCUUUUGUCCACAAGGUGACUGUAAUUCAGAGUGGAAAGUGGGCUUGACGUAGGGUGUGGAGUGAAGAACACACUAUAAGUUACUAACAGCCCUUUGAAUUUAACAAAAACUGGGAGUCCAUUAAGAAAAUGGAUUGCAUCAUGCCUGAACAUAAGCUGACUGCUGAAAUUGUAUUUUUAGCUAAUGAAAAAAGUGUUUGGACUAGUACUCUAAAAAUGCUCUAAUGGUAAAGUUUUGAGUCAAAUAGAAAUGAAAAAAAUCUGCAUUCCAGACUGAAUUUUGUAUAUUUUUAUUGCAUUUUAAAUUGCUAUUCUGUGAUAUUGGAAAAUCAA